GUGGCAGCUCCAGCGGCUGGGUGUAGCAGCGCGGUGAGGAAGAGGCUGUGUUUGGAUUAGGGGGUUGGGCUGCAGCCUGCUGCUAGGAAAACCUGCCGCCACACAUCCAGUUUGUCUCCGGCGGUGCAGCGUUCCUUUCCCGCAGCAUCAGCAGCAGCGACACCGCAGCGCAGCCUCCAGCCUUACCUGCUCCUUAUCCGCGCUCCCCCUCCGCCUGCUGCCACAGACACUGCCGCAGCACAGAGCACCCGGACGGACAAGGACGACCAGCUGAGCAGUCUUCAGGGAAAUAAAGGAAUAUAUAAGGGCGGUUGAAAGAUGGUGAAACUGGGGAGUAAUCUUCAAGACAAAGGGGCCAAACCUGUGAGCGUGGAGGACGGCUUUCAAAAUGUUCCCCUCAUCACUCCACUGGAUGUUGGCAGCCUCCAGAGCCAAGCACCUGACAAGGUGGUGGUGAAAACUCGCACAGAGUAUCAGACAGAGAAGAAGAGGCUGAAGGUUCCCAAGGUGGAGGAGUUCACCAUCAGUUUUACUGAUGGGGUGUCUGAGAGACUUAAGGUGACGAUUCUGAUCAUCCUGGCCCUGGCCUUCCUCGCCUGCAUCGUGUUCCUGGUGGUUUAUAAAGCCUUCACCUAUGACCACGCCUGCCCAGAUGGAUUCAUUUAUAAGCACAAGCGGUGUAUCCCAGCCUCUCUGGAGGCCUACUACGCUGCCCAGGACGCCAACUCGAGGGGCCGUUUCUACACAGUGAUCAGCCACUACAGCAUGGCGAAGCAGACCACCUCGCACUCUGUCUCCCCCUGGCUGCCUGGAGGGGCAGGGGGGCAGCAGCACGAUGCUAAACCCCCGAGCAGCGAGGGCCACUGAGUUGGCUGUUAAAGGGUGUUGUAAACACAUACAGACACAUGCAGACAUGAAGAAAUACAAACACAGGCAGAUGUAGAUGCAGACACACAUAAACAUGUAGGUGAAUAUUUAGAAAUAUAGACAAAAGAGAUGCACAUAAACACAACAGCUACAUAUAUAUUGCCAAUAUAGAGUGAAAACAUGCAUGCAGACAUAAAACCACACAAGCACAUACUAGGUCAUAUUCUGAUUUACCUUGACUGCCCAUUUAUGUGCUCACUCUCAAAUCAAGGGGCAUUUCCCAUUGAACCUUUGCUCUCUUGGGAUUAUCAUUGUCUGCUGAUACACACUCACAUACACAAAUACAUACACACUGUCUGCUCUCUCAUUACCAUGUUUACUCCCUUCCUCUAAUUUAUUAUUUGACUGUCAUGAUAUAUUUUUUACUGUAAUGUAUGGAUGAUUUGUAUGUGAUUAUCAGGCAACUCUUUGUACAAAGGCACAAGCCAGUGCUGAAUUUCAAGCUUCCUGUCUGUGAGAUUAUCUGGAGUUUGAAGUCUUAAUUUUUUUUUUCAAGUGUGUAUACUGUAGUAAAUGUAUAUUCAUUCACCCUUUGCUUUCUCGCCUUUCUUGUCCAAACUGCGUAACCUCAGGCAUGUCCAUCAAACAUCACACGCCCACACAAUCACAGAUCACUUCAUAUUCCAAUCCAUAAAAUGUCAGUAUGGUCUCGUAUUGCUGUAACACAUUUUUAAACAUAAAAUAUCAGCUGUACUGUCUGAGGAAGGGUUGACGCCAGUGUGCACAUCUACAAACAUCCUGAGUUGAUUGAAUGAAUUUUUCCAUCAUGGCUGUUUGAUAGCUCAUAUACAGUGACAUUUCAAUGUGCUGUGCUAUACAUUUUAAAUCCUGAAACCCCCCAGUGACCCAAGCUGUACAUACAACUGUGCGUUCAUGCUAGUUUUUUGUGUGUGUAUGCAUUGUAGUAGCUUUUUUAGGAGGUCCCCCCCCCCGUAUUUCUUUUCUUUUUUUACAGACUUACAAUUUCAUGCGAGUUACUUACAUAUUGCUUUAGUGGCCAGUCUUGUAGCCCCAUUAAAAACAAUCUUGCAGAUGGGAAAGGAAAUACUGUGCAUAUCACCGUCUUUUGCCAAAACCCUUUAUUUUCUGCUGUGUUUUGUUAUUUGAUGGGCUUCAACUGCAGCCAAGUUUUGUUCCUCUACUGUUAAUUAUCAUUUUGUAAUGUUGGAUCUGUUGUCAAAAGAGCGCUUUUAUGAAAUAUUGUGAUGUUGUUAGUUGAUAUGUAGCGAUACUUGAUGUAAUUUAUCAGUGUGCAUCCUUGUCCCUCCUCUCUUGGUUUGAAUUCAAAAUAAAACAAGCUGU